AUGUUGCAACUAUUAUCCGCCAUACGUGGUUCAUUUCUUACUUUCUUUAGAUUUCAUUUUUAUUCUUUCUUGCUGUCUUUCCAAUUCUUCCCCCCCUCCCGCUUUUCUUUACUUCUUGUCUUUUCCAGGCCUUCGUCUUUUAAUCAUUCUCUUCUUCUUUCUAUUAAUUUGUUUUUUUUUUUUUUGCCUUUGCUUCAUUUUUUCUUUUCUUUUUUGUCCUUUUUCAGCUCCUCUAUCUCCUUUUAUAUCUCUCUCGCUCUCUCACUCUCUAUCUCACUCUCUUUCUCUCACUCUUCUUACUUUCUCUCUCUCACUCUCUCACUUUAUCACUCUCCCAAUCUCUCUCUCACUCUAUCUCCUUUUAUCUCUCUCACUCUCUAUCUCACUCUCUAUCUUACUCUCUUUCUCUCACUCUUCUUACUUUCUCUCUCUUUCACUUUAUCACUCUCUCAAUCUCUCUUUCACUCUAUUACUCUCUCACUUUAUCACUUUCUCUUUCACUCUCUCACACUUUAUCAAUCUCUCUUACUCUCUCUCACACUCACUCUCUCUGUUAAAUUCCCUUUCGUAAUUCUUUCCUUCUCAUUCUGUUCUUUUCUUCUUUUCCUUCGUUCCUUUUCUAGUCAUUUCUUUCUUUCUUUCUUUCUUUCUUUCUUUCUUUUCUACUUACCCUUUCUUUUUCUUCUGUUUCAUCCUCCGACUCUUUCUUCCUAUUUUCUUCUUCCUUUCUUUCUCUCAUUUAGCCUCACACAGACAAUUACUCUAAUCCUCCUAGUUAAUACUUCUGAAUUAGUCUGUCUGUCUGUCACUGGCUUCUCUCUCUCUCUCUCUCUCUCUCUCUCUCUCUCUCUCUCGAAUAUAUUCAAUCUUGUGUUGCAAAGUGAGAUAUUUUCAGUACAUUUAGCCCAAAUCGCAAUCAUUGGACGUAAACUUGUUUCUUUUCUGCCUUACGAGAAAGGUUUUCUUUCAGAGACGUCUGGAAUUUUUUAUGAUUUUUCUCAGUACAGCUUGGUAGUGACAAAUUUAUUUAAAUACUUACAUCUAUGUAUCUAUAUCUUUUCUUUUCUUAAAUUUUCUCUCUCUUUCUUUCUCUCUCUCUCUUUCUCUCUCUCUUUUUCUCUCUUUCUCUUUCUUUUCUUUUUUUCUUUUUCUCUCUCUCUUUCUUUUCUCUUUCUCUCUCUUUUGGUAAAAAUUUCUUUCUUUCUUUCUUUCUUUGUCUCUCUCUCUUUCUCUUUUCUCUUUUGA